GAUGUUACGGUUCUCGGUAGUCUCGGCUCCUGCCCGGACCUGCAGCGCCAGAGGGAUGUCGGUGCUGGUGUGUGGGUUAUCAGGGCGCGGAUCAAGCCUCCACAUUUGGUUUCCAGUCGCGUCCUGCGCGCUGCCGGACGCGCAGGCGAUCAGCUGAGCAGGAAAAGAGACGGAGCCGCCGUGAGAAACUGGCGCAGUCGCUCAGCGUCUGUGCGGACAUUUCAGCGGAGUUUACUGCCCGGAUCCGCUUCCAGCGUCCGUGCGCCGCGGCUGCUUUUGCGGGUGGGAUGUUGGAGGUGGUCGACGCGCAAAAAUGAACACAGACUGCACCCAACCUUCAGCGGCUCCAGCGCCAAGAUUUGUACGUCACGCCAGCCUGAAGCUGCCUUCCCCUCUUAUGUCUGCAUCCAGGGGCCCUAAACCUUCUGUAGCCCCAAAACCUAAAGUCAAUGUGCUUUUAAAUGGCAACCAAGGAGGGUUCAGUAACGGCAAUGCUGGAACGUCUUAUGGAGGGGGUAAUGACGUAGUUGUGAAACAGAAUGGUCUGAACAAAGUCAUCGUGAACGCAUCACCUGGAAAUAAACAAAUAAACGUCUACAGUUUCAAAUACCGCAAAACACAUUUAAAAACUAUGUGGAAGGGGACAGUGAACAGUGGACGGACGGAGGUGGAAAAGGAGGAGGAGGAAGAUGAAAGCCAAAACAUGGACGAGGACUGCAAAUUAGCAGACUGUGCCCUCACAGAGGAGGUCGACCACCUGAAAACUCCUUGGGUUAGUGACGACAGACUCACUUCUGACUCCGAGGGGGUAGAGGAGAUGAAUGACACGGACAACAUGGAUGCUGAAGUCUGUGAUGGAGGUGAGGCACUGGCUGACACAGAUGGCCUCUCAAUGGGAGAGAUUUCUGUUCAUAGUGCCGAAGAGAGGUUGCCUUGCCACUCCGCCGUCAAGCAGGAAAAGCUUUGGACAAAUGGAGACAGAAGUACCGUGGAUGAUUUAUCGGAGUCUUCUACUGAUGAAAAGGGACUCUGUCUUAGCGAGAGAAUGAUGGACAUCGAUGCAAAACACGAAAGAGACAAAGUCUCAAGUCCUGAUAGGUGUUGCAAUAGCCUGAAGUUGAUGUGUGGCCAUCAAAUUAGGGAAAAGGGUGAAAAUCAGCUGGAGGUUAGUUUGUAUGACUUAAUUCCUAAAAACCACAAACAAGCCUGUCACGGAGCCAUGGAGCCUUUUUAUAUAUGUUCAGACGACAUUAUUAACAUGCCGACUACCCUCUCAGAAAGUAGCAUUUUUGCUGUAAACAGAGCUGGAGUAUCAGCCAGAAAAUACAACGAAACAACAGAAGAUGGACAUUUGGUGGGAUGUGAUAACAUUGAGGAAGAGGAUGAGUAUGGCAUCGGUGAUAAGGCUAAUGAAAUGGAGGACAUGUUGAACCAUUUGGACUGCCAGGCAAGGUUCAGACAGGUUGCCAUCUCGGUGCCAACGGACACGGACACCUCAAUGGCGUCUUCUUUCUCUGAGAGCCAGCUGCUGUCCAUGAACGACUCUGAUGUCUUCAAAGACGAGGAUGAUCUGGAGGGUCACAUUGUGCCCUUUCUGGACGAGACCAGUGACGUGGAACAUCAUAUUACUGAUGAGCAUGUUUACGAGGAGCCAAGGCAAAGUUCAUGCACUGAAAGAGACUUUACUUUGAAUAACAAGGCUACUGGCAUUCAAACACACUCUUUGUCCCAUCAGAGCUCCACGGCUAUGGGGGAUCGGGGAGUACAGUUCCUUCACAAGACCUAUGUUAGUGGAUUAGGACAACCUGCGUCAAGCAGCAGCCCGGUGUUAAAUUCGAUGCGGCAUAAGAGCUAUUCCAAACCCAAGUAUUUAUCCCUGUACCCACGCUCCCUGUCCAUGGAGGGACACAACACACCUCUGUGUAUCUACAAGGAAAGCUCUUACAGACACAGAGAUGGUGGUUCCUCAUCUGAAAGCUUCUCCAGAUGCUCUCCUUUGUCAUCUAGUGCCCUGUCCACACCUACUUCUUUGAUGGAUAUUCCUCCUCCCUUUGAGCUCUCCUAUAUCACCAAGAAGCCUAUCACCAAGAGUUCCCCUUCACUUUUUACUAGGGAAGACUCUUCAGAAAAAGACAGGAAAAAGAAAUCCUCAAUUAAGCGCUUUCUGCUUAAGUUUGGGUGGAAAACGGAACAUAAGUCUGGAACAGAUGCCAAGCCGUCCUCUUCAAAGUCCUCGCCUGAGUCCAGCCAUUGCACGUCCGGCAGACGCUUGGAUUUAGAUAGGCAGAGCAUUAGUAGUUCUCCACAACUAAAUUUACGUCCAGCAAACAAGCCUCAGGGUUCACCUGAGCCUUUACCCACCUUCCUGUUCUACAAAGAGAGUAAAAGGAAAGGGAACUCUGUGGCCUUCCUCAACAGGACCGUUGUCCGAGUGGAGUCCUUCGAGGACCGCUCCCGAGUGCCUUUUGUACCUCUCCCUUUGACCAAGCCCCGCUCUAUCUCCUUCCCCAACACUGAUACCUCAGAUUAUGAGAACGUUCCUCCCCUCAGCGCCCUCAGCUCGGACUAUGAGAACGUUCAGGUGCCGCAGCGGAGGCCUGUCUUGCAGACGCCACUGGCUAACUUUUUUGAUCGUCCCAGUCGAGUCUUGUCUUCAGCGAAUGAGACAGACGGUUACGUGGACAUGAAGAGCCUCCCUGGGUUUGAGAUGAAUUUAAACUUAGCAGAACUGGAAACUGAAAGCUGUGUGGGCUCCUGGCUGGGACAGGCCAGGUCUGGCCCCGUGGUAAUGCAGUUAUACAGAGAUAAAAGCUACACAGGGAACGGCCCGUCCAGCAACCUGCGUCCGAUAUCUUCUCCGCCAACAAAAAAAUUGACGUCGGCUAGUUGGUCCAUGGAAGCUCUGGAGGAGCUGCAGCUCCAGUGA